AUGGCAUCAAAGACUAUACCUGAGGUUGAUUUGUCAUUGUUAAUUACUCACAAGAUUGAAAUAUUGAAAGAGCUCAAACAUGCACUAAUAAAUUAUGGGUUUUUUUAUCUGAAAAAUUAUGAUGAUCUCUUGGAUCAAAACAUCAUUGAACUAUUGUUUGAACAAUCAGCAAAAGUUUUUCAACUACCUGAAGAAGAGAAGCAAAAGUUCAGUCUAGAUCACUCCAAACAUUUUGUGGGCUAUGAUACAACCUCCAAUGAGUAUGAUCUUGAAGCUGCAGAAGAGAUGAGUUUGUGCUCAACCAAUGAUAUCCUAAACACCAACUCAUAUACAUACAACAAUGUUCUAGGCCCAAACCAGUACCCGUCUCAAUUGAAGGUCCCUCUAUUCAAACGGUCCACUGAUCAGUUCUUUGAAGCUUUUAGUGGCUUUGCUUGUAUUGUCACGGAUCUUAUACUCCAGUCAUUGUCAAUUGAUAACAAAGAAUUUUCAAAGUAUUUUGACUCAACUAAGUCAUCAAGCCAACUGAUCGAGUCGUAUAAAGAAUAUCAAUUUCUUAAAUUUUUGUUUCAUCAAACACCAUUACAAGCCCAGGAUCUAUAUGAUACUUGGAUUGAUAUUCCACCUAAACCAAACACUAUUGUUGUUAGUUCUGGUCAGCUGUUGGAAUUCCUGACCAAUGGUGUUUGCAUCUCAAAUAAUUUUAAAGUUCUUUCUACUUCAUCAGAGUCUACAAUUGUGUCGUUUUCACCAUUCCUCAACCUUGACUCAAAAUUGAAACCACUCCAUAUAUCAGAAGAUUUGCUCUAUGAAAGAGAUCGCAGAGAAAAGCUUCACAGCAAUUCAAACAUCAAAUCUGACCUCAAAGAUGGUGACAUUACUGGUGAGAAAAUUUUUUAUAGCAAAAUAAGGAAUCAUAGGAAAGCUGCUCAGCAUUGGUAUCCAGAAAUCUUAAGA